UAAUUAGAGAUGGACAUGGAUAGACACAAAGCCCAAUCCUAAAAACAAAAAGGCCCACCAUAAGUGAAAACCCUAGAAAUGGUUCAAUAUAUACUUAAGCCGUUAGCGUGCUCAUUCGCUACCUGUCCUCUGCAAUGGGUAUCGAUCUUAAGGCUGGAGGUAAGAACAAAAAGACCAAACGAACAUCACCUAAAUCCAAUGAUAUCUACCUCAAGCUUCUCGUCAAGCUGUAUCGCUUCCUUGUUAGAAGGACCGACAGCAAUUUCAAUGCCGUGAUACUCAAACGCUUGUUCAUGAGCAAGGUCAACCGACCUCCACUCUCCUUGUCAAGAUUGAUUAAGUAUAUGCAGGGAAAGGAAGGUAAAAUUGGUGUUGUUGUUGGUGCUGUAACCGAUGAUAUUCGAGUAUAUGACGUUCCAGCAAUAAAAGUUACUGCCCUCAGAUUCACAGAGACAGCACGUGCAAGAAUAGAAAAGGCUGGCGGUGAAUGCUUAACAUUUGAUCAACUUGCUCUCAGGGCUCCCCUUGGACAGAACACGGUGAAUAUUAUGUUUCUAUACAUAUGUGACUUGUGAUGGUAUAGCCUUUGUUAUGGUUAGUUGCUUAUAAGCUUAUAAAUCCAAAUUUAAUAAACUAUUUGUUGAAAUCAGGUUCUUCUAAGAGGCCCAAAGAAUGCUAGGGAAGCAGUGAAACAUUUUGGUCCUGCUCCUGGUGUGCCACACAGCCAUACCAAGCCUUAUGUUAGGUCAAAGGGAAGGAAAUUUGAGAAGGCUAGAGGGAGGAGAAAGAGCAGAGGAUUUAGAGUUUGAGUUGUCCAAGAUGUCUGUUUUCAGUUUUGAUACUUCCAAAUUAAGCUUUUGUUAUGUUAUAUUAUCAUCCUUGAAGAUAGUUUUUGUUAUAUUUAUUUUAACAAAGAAUCAAUUGCAUCCAAAAGAUUAUUCUCAUGGCCUUGGUUUUUACAAUUGAUUGUUCUCUACAUUUUUAGACAACUCAAGUUUUAUAGAGGCAUUGCUUUAUCUUCAUAAAAA